UCGAAUCACAAGAUUCAGUGUUCGGGUGAUCGAUUAAUGAGAUAGACGGUCGAACGGAGUGCGGUAUUUAACGGAACGAAAAGAAUGAAACCGAUCUACACGAUACUGGGAUUAGUGUUGAUAGUGCACUACGAUCAUUCAAUAUUGUGCAACGAAUCUUCCGAAGAGGAUGGAAUUCCAAAAAAUAUUAAGGAAUGUCCAGGUGGUUAUUGUCUAUCCCCAUAUCUGUGCAAGAAUGGAUCUAUUAACGCCGAUGGCGUAGACAUCAUCGAACUACGAUUAAGUGAUUUCGAUGACGAAGACCUGCUAGAUAUAGAUGUAGACCAACAAGACGAUCCGUGCGAGGAAUUUCUGCAGCGAUGCUGUGCAGUGAGUGAUGGCGCCCGCAUCAAACCAAACCAGCCGAACGAGCCAGAACCAACCGACAAUAACGAUUCGGAUGAACUCUUCGAUGUACCUCCUCCAACGUGCGGUACAAACCGCCCGAACGGUUACGUCUUCCGGGUAAACAACAACUCCAUUGCUCAGUUUGGCGAGUUUCCCUGGAUGGCAGCACUGCUGCAGCGCAAAACGCUUCUGGACAAAGAAACUCUGGAAUAUUUUUGCGGUGGUUCCUUGAUUCAUCCGCAAAUCGUUCUAACGGCCGCUCACUGCGUGAAGGACUUUACCAAUGCUUUGGACACCCUGGUGGUUCGACUGGGCGAAUGGGAUACGGUCACAGAAAACGAACCACUCAAGCACCAGGAAAUAAAUAUCAGGAAGAUAAUUCUCCACGAGUACUACCACAAUCAAAAGUACCACAACGAUCUGGCUCUGUUGAUUAUGGAGAAACCGGCCAACCUGAACGUGCAUAUCAAUCCAAUUUGUCUACCAAACGCGAACGACAAUUUCGAUGAACAGCGUUGUAUGGUUUCCGGAUGGGGGAAAGAGAAUUUCAAUCCGAACGGAAAGUAUUCGGAAGUAUUGAAGAAAAUUGAACUGCCGAUAAUCCCUCGACCGCAGUGCAAAGAGAUGUUUCGUGCGACUCGCCUCGGACCGUUCUUCCGCUUGCACAACAGUUUCAUGUGCGCCGGUGGCGAUCCAGAUGUGGAUACCUGCAAAGGAGACGGAGGUUCUCCGCUGGCAUGUAAACUCGACGAUCAUUUCGUCCAGGCCGGCAUCGUGGCAUGGGGGCUCGGUUGCGGAGGCGCUCGAAUUCCCGGAGCAUAUGUGAAAGUUUCGAACUUUGUCAAUUGGAUCGGAGACAAGGUGAAACAAGAAGGGUUUUGAAUUGUAUGAUGGCUGAAAAACGAUUCUAAAAUCAUAGAUGAAAAUAAAAUAAAUUUUUAAAUAAAUUUUAAUAACAUUA